CGGGACCAAGAAGCUGGUUUCCUGGGGAUUCAUUGCCGGCGGGCGGAAGUCUAGGACGGCCGCAGCUAUGCCUUGAGGCUGCUUGUGGACGCGGCGCGUGGCGGUUCUCCGCCAUGGCCAGCGUCCACGAGAGCCUGUACUUCAACCCCAUGAUGACCAACGGGGUGGUGCACGCCAACGUGUUUGGCAUCAAGGACUGGGUGACGCCGUAUAAGAUCGCGGUCCUGGUGCUGCUCAACGAGAUGGGCCGCACGGGCGAGGGCGCCGUAAGCCUCAUGGAGCGACGGAGGCUCAACCAGCUGCUCCUGCCGCUGCUGCAGGGCCCAGAUAUUACCCUGUCAAAACUGUACAAGUUGAUUGAAGAAUCAUGUCCUCAGCUGGCGAAUUCAGUACAGAUCAGAAUCAAACUGAUGGCUGAAGGCGAAUUGAAGGAUAUGGAACAAUUUUUUGAUGACCUUUCAGAUUCUUUUUCUGGAACUGAACCAGAGGUUCACAAAACAAGUGUAGUAGGUUUAUUUCUGCGUCACAUGAUCUUGGCCUACAGUAAGCUUUCUUUCAGUCAAGUGUUUAAGCUGUACACUGCCCUUCAACAGUACUUCCAAAACGGGGAGAAAAAGACGGUGGAAGAUACUGAUAUGGAGCUGACCAGUAGGGAGGAGGGGGAAAGAAAACUGGAAAAAGAGGACCUUGAUGUAUCUGUCAGAGAAGAAGAGGUAUCUUGCAGUGGGCCUCUGUCCCAAAAACAAGCAGAAUUCUUUCUUUCUCAACAGGCUUCUCUGUUGAAGAAUGAUGAAACUAAAGCCCUCACUCCAGCUUCCUUACAGAAAGAAUUGAACAACUUGUUGAAAUUUAAUCCUGAUUUUGCUGAAGCGCAUUACCUCAGCUAUUUAAACAACCUCCGUGUCCAAGAUGUUUUCAGCUCAACACAUAGCCUUCUUCAUUAUUUUGACCGCCUGAUUCUCACUGGAGCCGAAAGCAAAAGCAAUGGGGAAGAGGGCUAUGGCCGGAGCCUGAGAUAUGCUGCUCUCAACCUGGCUGCCCUGCACUGCCGCUUUGGCCACUAUCAACAGGCAGAGCUCGCCCUGCAGGAGGCAAUUAGGAUUGCCCAGGAGUCCAACGAUCACGUGUGUCUGCAGCACUGUUUGAGUUGGCUUUAUGUGCUGGGGCAGAAGAGAGCCGAUAGCUAUGUUCUGCUGGAGCAUUCUGUGAAGAAAGCAGUACAUUUUGGGUUACCGUACCUCGCCUCCCUGGGAAUACAGUCCCUUGUUCAACAGAGAGCUUUUGCUGGGAAGACGGCCAACAAACUGAUGGAUGCCCUAAAGGACUCCGACCUCCUGCACUGGAAACACAGCCUGUCAGAGCUCAUCGAUAUCAGUAUUGCACAGAAAACGGCCAUCUGGAGGCUGUACGGCCGCAGCACCAUGGCACUCCAGCAAGCCCAGAUGUUGCUGAGCAUGAACAGCCUGGAGUCGGUGAAUGCAGGAGUGCAGCAGAACAACACAGAGUCCUUUGCUGUCGCUCUCUGCCACCUCGCAGAGCUCCACGCAGAGCAGGUAGGCAGGUUGGGUUGA